AAAAUUAGGUUAGGUUAGAUUUCGUAUUUGACGUUUCGAAUCUCAAAAAUUUAUAAAAAAAAACAGAUGAUUUCUAUCUUGAAGAGAUAAAAAAAAGACAAAAAUAAUAAAUAAAAAUAAAAUUUGUACAAAAUACAUUUUUUGCUGCAUAAUUUUGAUAUUUUUUUCCUCCGCACCAAAGAUAAAAUAACAAAUCUCUUCGUUCAUAACCUAAAAAGCAUCAUAUUUGUGAUUGAAAAGAUGAAAAAAUAUUUACAAUGCAAAAUUUGCUAUAUUAUUUAAAUUUAUUAUUAUUCUUAUUGUUACUGUAAAAAAUAAUAUUUAUAGAUAGAGAAAAAAAAUUUGGGAAUAAAUGGCGGAAAUCGAUUGGAUCUCACGAACAUAUGAAUACGGAUCAACAAAAUGUCCACAAUUAGAAGAAGUAUUGGAUCAUCCCCUAAAGCCAUUAAUAAUAUCGGUUGUCGAUGGAAGAAGCGUUGUUCGACGGGGUACGUUACGAAGCACAAGCACCAGUUCCUCGACAAGGACACCAACCCCGACACAAAGUUCCACAUCGAGUUUAAAAACAUUUGCUGAUCCCCUAUUGGGUCAUUCCAAUCUCGAUGGGACCGAUCCGCUCACUCAAUUUGCUCGCGAGGAGUUGGAUCCACUUUCCAAAAUGGCGACAGACGAGUGGGAUUACUCAUCGAAUGUAUCAACCGGAAAAAAGAUCAAGGACAAGACGGAAGAAUUAGUCGAACCGUGGACAUCAAGACGAAAUACAAUUUUAAAUAAAUUCACGACUAAUGAAAAAUUGUCGAUUAUCACAAGUUUUCUGUCUGGAGGAGAAAGAGUUGUUGUAAAAGUGCAAUCAAGUGGAACUGUGGAUAGAGUGAAAACAAGACUCGAAAGAUUAGAUGAAUAUGAAGAAGGUUCCGUUCGACAAUUACUCGAUUUAUCACAACAGGAAUACAUGGCAAGAAUCGAGCAAUUAAAUAAUGAACUUGUUCAAGCAUGGCACUCGGAUUUUCGAGUAAAGGCACUUAAAAUUGCAAUUCAGUGCGCAAAAUUGUUGGGCGACACUUCAGUCAUUGCCUUUUAUCCAAGUAAAUUUGUCCUCAUCACUGACAUUUUGGACAUUUUCGGUAAACUCGUAUAUGAAAGAUUAAAAAUGAAGUCCGAAUCUAACAAACCUGGGAGUAAAAGUGCAAGCUUGCCGGAAAAUUUUACACCGGAUAUGGUUCCGGAGAAUGCAAAGGAAACUUGUCAAAAUUGGUUCUAUAAAAUUGCCUCAAUUCGAGAAUUGGUGCCGAGACUUUUUGUUGAAAUGGCAAUUAUUAAAUCGUAUAAUUUCCUUACUACAAGCGAAGCAGUGACAGCACUAAAAAGAAUGACACGAAUGAUUCGCGGUAUUGGCAAUCCAUUGAUUGCAGUUUACGCUCGUUGCUAUUUGUGUCGCGUUGGAUUGGCAUUAAAUAAAAAUACAGAUUUUGAAUUUGCAAAGGAGAAUUUUUACGAUUUUCUUUGCACAUUUCAACAACUAUUCACGCCAUCGAUGAAAAUUGAAUUGAUCAAGCAAAAUAUUUCUUUUCAUUCUUAUUUGAAUCUUUAUACACCGGCUCUUGAAUGGAUAUUGGAAAUUGUCGCUGCAACCGCAACCGAUAAUUUAAUGACUGAAAUUAUUUCACGCUGCAAAUUAAUGCCAAAAAGAGGAUUAUUAAUAAACACUGCAUUAACGUCGUUCAAAGCAUCAUACAUUGCAGAAAGAUCGAUGGAAUUUGUAAAUUUGGUGACAACUUGUGAAGAUGAUGGAUUUCCUCAAUAUCUUCUCUAUCGGAAUUUGGGCGAAUCUUUUGUAAAAGAACCCCCAUCGAAAGAUGAUUGUCAAAUGGUUUUAAAUGCAGUUUGGAAAUAUUUGGCGAGCCUCAAAGAUUCGACGAAAUUUAUGUAUUGCACUGAAAUUUGGAUUCAAUUUACAGUUAUUCAUUUUUCCGUAACGGAACUAAAUCAAUUUUUGGGAGCAAUUAUCAAUCAUUUGGGAUCAAAUCGAAUUUUUGAACAAUUCUAUCCACAGUUACAAACAAUUGUCGAGAAAAUUGUCGCUCACACACAGGACUUCGAAUCAUUGUUGAUUAUGAAUAAUUUUCUACCACUAUUGGACCUCUUUCAUAAGGAGAGUAUUAAAGUUGAUGUAUGUAAAAUAAUUGUCGAUGGAUUUGGCUCUCAAAAUGGACCAAUUACAGAUCCAAUUGUAAUCAAUGCUCUUAUGUUUAUUAUGAAAAUUAUCCAUGAUUCUGUUAGUGCAUUGACUGUGGAAGAUGAGAAACGACAAAUUGGAAAUUUAAUUUGCGGCCUCGUUCAGCGAAUCGAUUUUGGCCGUGAUUUUGAGAAGCAAUUGAAUUUUUAUGUUGAGGCAAGAGCCGCUUUUCCAAAUCUAGACGCUGUUCAUGUUCAAUUGGUCCAGUGUGUCAAUAGAUUGGCUGUUGACACUAGAAAAAUUGUACGUGGACAUCACACGCGUCGAACUUCGGCAUUUGUUCGAGCUUGUGCGGCUUUUUGUUUUAUUACAAUUCCAUCAUUAUCAUCGGUUCAUUCACGACUUCAAUUAUAUCUUCUUUCCGGUCAAGUUUCACUUCUCAAUCAGUGUUUAGGUCAAGCCGAUGCAUCUUUCAAAGCGGCAUUGAGUCUGGUUCCAGAAAUGCCGAAAACAAUUGAUGUCGAUGGGAGGCAAAAAAGUACGGAACCAUGUUUGCUUUCCUAUCUUUCGAAUUUUUUAUCGACACUUCUUGUUGUUCCAGACAGUCCUGAACACGGAGUUUUGUACUUGAUGCGAGGCCUUUUAAAUGCUAUUCAACGUUGCUUUGAAGAACAUUCAUCAACGAAAUAUUAUCUCUAUCUACGAGUUCUAGAUCUUUUGAGUACUUACACUCAAGAAAAUUAUCCAUAUCAUGUUGACAAGGUGGAUUCAAAUGAUCGGCUUUAUGGUUCAGAUCAAAAAUUCAUUGUCGAAGUAAAUAAAAUAUCAUCGAAGGUGCUUCAUGAAAUUUUAACACAUUUAAAAUAUUUGGGCACAAUCGAACAAUUGGAAAAACAAUCAACACUAGCUUUAGAUUUAUUUAUUCGUAUGAUAAUAAGAGCAGAUUUACAACAAUCAACAAUGGCACAAUUGUCCGUUAAUUUGUGGAAUUUAUCACAAAAAUAUGGUGAUGAAGAUCAAAAUAGAAAAAUACGACAACGAAUUGUUGAUCAUAUGAUACUGAAGAGCCGAUCUCCUGAGUUUGAGCAUUUUAACGAAGUUUUACGAAAAAUAAUGAAAACGUAAAAAUAUUUCUCUUCGCAGAUUUGUUCGCAGUGUGGGAAGAAAAGUUUUUGAAAACAAAAGAAUAUUUAAUUAUUUGUACUAUUUAAUUGAAAAAAAUCAGGUAGAAUAAAUUUAUAUGUCUGUAA